AUACAAUUGUGAGAAUAAAGCUUGUUCAUCAGACAAUAAAAGAAGAAAGUAAUUUGUUUAUUGUGUGGGCUGUUGGUGUAUAUCCAACUAUUUUUGAGAAAGAUUGUUUUUUUUCUGUAGGUGGCAAGAUUAUACCUGGAUUUUAUGCAGGAAAUAAAAGGCUAAAGAUAUUA